AUGAUCAAAGCGGGCCGACUGUCAGAGCCAUACAAAGGGGUGAUAGAUUGCACAGUACGUACCUUCAGAACAGAAGGUAUUCUACCCUUCUGGAGAGGCAACUUGGCCAACUGCUUGAGAUAUUUCCCCACACAAGCUCUCAACUUUGCUUUCAAGGACACAAUCAAAGCUGCUUUCAAGUCAGCACCCAAUGAGUCCUAUGCAAUGAAGUUUACCAAGAAUAUAUUCUCAGGUGGGGCAGCCGGAGCCCUUUCCUUGUGCUUUGUCUAUUCCCUCGACUAUGCCCGAACCCGUCUGGCAAACGAUGCCAAAUCAGCUGGCAAGGGUGGUGGCGAGCGCCAGUUCAAUGGUAUGAUUGAUGUCUACACCAAGACCCUGAAGUCUGAUGGCUUUGUCGGCCUCUACAGAGGUUUUGUGAUCUCCUGCGUGGGCAUUGUCGUGUACAGAGGCUUCUACUUUGGCCUGUACGACAGCUUGAAACCAAUUCUGAUGGCAGAAGAUGCUAGCGUGUUCCUGUCCUUCCUUCUGGGCUACACAGUUACUGUCUCAUCAGGGUUGCUGUCAUACCCCAUUGACACCAUCAGGCGACGAAUGAUGAUGACCUCUGGCCAAGCCGUCAAAUACAAGGGGUCCAUUGACUGCGCUGUUAAGAUUAUCAAGAGCGAAGGCUUCAUGUCAUUAAUGAAGGGAGCAGGGGCAAACAUCCUCCGAGGUGUCGCUGGCGCUGGUGUGCUCGCAGGCUUCGACAAAUUCAAAGAGCUGUACAUCACCUGGCGUGCAGGACUCGGACAGUAG